UCGCAUCGCAGCAAUAUGCCGACUGCUGCAUUAUCUAAUCCUCUGGCACAGCUGUGUGAUUCUUCCGGUUUUAGAGGUCGUAAUGCAACAGCCUCUGCAAGUGCGCAAUUGAUAACAUUAUCACCAGUGGCUGUGUUGCCAAGUGAAGCCUGCAACCAAAUAAUACCACAGAUGACAGUUGUACCAAGUAUGGUUUGUGGGACUUCGGUUGGUGGGGGAUGUGAGGGUGAUAUAGGAAACCCAUUAGUGUGCAACCCACAGAGCACUCCGGUUCUCGAGGGCUUACUCACUAGAUUCAACAACUGUGGGGUUAUUUUAGUCGUCCCAGAAGUGUAUACUUAAGUCUUUCCAUUCGCAUCAUGGGUUAAUCUAGUUGUCACGGGAGCGGCAUCCACAUCACAACUUGGAACUUCUGUAGCACUCGUGUUUGUAAUCAUACAAUGUUUCAAAAUCUUUAACUAAAUCAAAGUGUAUUACAAA